AUAAUUAAUAUUCAUUAAAAAAACUGGUUACGUAUAGAAUUUGAAUUUAAAAUAAAAAAUGAAAUGCCUAUGUAAGUAAAUUAUAUUAAGUACAUAGACAAGUGAAUUAAUUUGGUGCAGUGAAAUUGAUGCAAAUAAUUCGAAGUAUUUAUUGGGUCUAUUUUAAAUAAAGAAGAAUAAUGGGUAUUCCUAGUCCCUUUGUUUAUUGGGCCCAAACUGAUAAAAGUGUAUCACUUAAAAUUGAUUUAAGACAUGUUCAAAAGCCUGAUAUAAGUGUAUGUGAUAAUAAUAUAAAGUUUGCGGCGCAAGGAGUUGGUGCUCAUGGAGAUAGUCAAUACGAAUUCAAUUUAGAUUUAUUUUCAUCGAUUAAGCCGGAUAAUGAUGGAAAAGCAACAACUGUCCGAAUUUUUGAUAACAGAGUAGAAGUAGUUUUGCAAAAGAGCAAGCCAACAUGGUGGCCAAGACUUACUGCUCAGCCUCAAAAACCGGCUUGGCUAAAGAUAAACUUUGAUUUAUGGAAAUCUGAUGACGGUCAUGACAGUGAAGAGGAGACUCGCGAUGUAAUGCUGGACUACCCUGGCAUGUAUGACAAGUUACAAAAAGAAGAAAUGGGCUACAGGAAAGAGGAUGUAAAGAAGGUGUAUCUGGCCAUAUACAACCUAUGCCAGUUGAUUGGAUUUGUUUAUAUAUUGUGCGUAAUGGCUAUAAGAUAUAUAAAACUGGACUAUGAUUCGGUCGCUGAUACAUAUCAACAUGUGGGUUCCGCAAUGAAGUUCCUGCAACUCAUGAUGUUUCUAGAAGUUAUGCAUCCUCUAUUCGGAUAUACUAAGGGUGGAGUUUUGGUACCAUUCCUGCAAGUAAGCGGGCGUGCAUUUGUUCUGUUUGCUAUGAUCGAUGCGGAGCCGAGGAUGCAGACGAAGCCAGUUGUAUUCUAUCUGUUCCUCAUGUGGAGCAUCAUUGAAAUUAUCAGGUAUCCCUAUUACAUAAUGCAAUUGUAUAAGAAGGAAAUUUAUAUUUUAACUUGGCUGCGUUACACUAUGUGGAUACCUCUUUACCCACUUGGAAUUGUGUGCGAGGCCACCGUUAUUCUAAGGAACAUACCUUACUUUGAAGAGACUCAAAGGUUUACUAUAUCAAUGCCGAAUGAAUGGAAUUUCACCUUCCACAUGCCAACUAUGCUUAAGAUGUAUUUAUUGAUUCUUGCCUGCCCAGGAUUGUAUUUUGUAAUGAGUCAUAUGUAUAAAUUGAGAAAAAUAAAGUUGAAACCGAAAAUUGUUAUUAAGAAAUGUAAAUAAGCACAUGAAUGAAGGACUAUGUUAAGUUGCUUAUUUUGCUGUGCAGUGUGCACAUAGCAUAUUUUGCGGACUGUUUCUAAUUAUCAACUCAACAACAAGUGUUUUUAUUUUCAAUAUGACGUAAUUGUACACAUAAUCUAGAAAUAAGGCUGUCUAUUUUAGUGAAGUAAAUGGUAAUCCUCUCUUAAUAAUAUUCAGUUCUAGUGAAUUCUAAGAAAGACUUCAGUGAAUUAAACAUUUUUCAUUUUUUUCGGUAAUCUUAACAUCAUUACACAUCAUACAUUUCCUCUUUAAUUCAAUAAAAAAUAAGAACAAUUAAAAGUAAUAAAAAAAAAUAUACAAAGUAACCUCUAAAAUUUUUAUUAUAAUUUUUAUAAUAAAAAAAGAUUUUUUUUAUUUAUACCGGAAUAUUAAGUAACACAAUACUAAGGAAAGAUUCGGCUUAUUAUUGCUGAAUAUAUAUUUUUAAACUAUUUAACGGUUUUUUAUUUGACGUUAUCGUACGCGGAAAUCGCGAUGCAACCCUACUGUCGCCUAAUAAAAACUGCCAGUUUUCUCCGUGAACACAAGGCACAAGGGGGUGUGAGAUCUCUGCGCGGCAUCAUACUGCAGAACUUACCUCAUAGUCUCUCGUUUGGAUUGGAGAUGUCGAAAAAAUUAUCAUGUAUGGAAAGGGUUAAACAUAACUUGUAGUUAAUAUUUUAUUGGUGUAGGAUUUAUCCAAACUAUAUAUAAAUUAAUCUGAAUACAUAAUUAUAAGUGUCUAAUUAUUCAUGUACUUUUUAGGAUAGACAUGUCUAAAGCCUGUAGAAUAUGUUUUGUCUAUGUAUUACCAGUUUUUCUAAUUGCUUGGUAAAAAAAUAGAAAGAUUUAACUAACACUAUUAUUUUAUUACAAUUGCAAAAAAAAAAUAAGUUACUAUGAGCAUUUUUUUUAUAAAUUAAAUUAGAAGGACAAGUUGGUGUUAUUUUACUUUUCUUGUGUUUAAAAAUCUCAUUUGUUUUUUAAUUUAAUUAGAUUUUAUAUAUUAAUAAGAAUCAAUAAUUUUGUUUUUAUCAUUUUUUACAUUUGUUGCAAUUAUGUUUAUAUUUUUAUAUGUUACUAAUAUUUAAGAAAAUAAAUGACUUUUUUACCAACAA